CACCCAAUGAAAAUUAAGCACGUGAAAAUUUUCCGAACGUAAACAUUUGGAUAAAAUGAAGCGUAAGAAGGCUAAUCAAAAUGCUGUUCCUAGUGGAGAUGAGGAGGAUAACGUAAAAAAGAAAAGAGAUGAGACAGAGUUUAACGAAAUCGAAUUCAAGAUGCUUAUGAAAGAGCCACACACAAAAAUGAAAGGUAUUGAGCAAUUCAUAGAGCAGGCCAGAGCAUAUGGUACAACGACAGAGACAGACAUAGUUCACAAUUAUUGUAGGGGCUCAAUGGAGUGUACGGAGAUCAUGUCAUGCAUGACAGAUACAAAGAGAAAACCAACUGAGUUGAGUGCCAUAUUCCAAGCUCUGGAAUGUAUCCUGCUACGUAUUGCUGAUGAUCUGCAGAAGUUCAAGAUAGUAGGAGAAAAUAUUGUGAAAAAGAUGCUGACCUCCAAUAUGAACCAGAUAUACUUCUUGCUUGCGAUGCGUAACAAAUCAGGACAGAUAAAGUCUGCACUGAAGCUUCUGUCGGCCAUGGUAUCCCAGAGUGCAGAGAUGGCACGUCAAGUACAGACGCAAUUUGACUUUUCAUGCAGAAACCUUCCACCCUUGUUAAACAGACGAGACACCAAGGACCCAAGAGAUGUGAGAACCUGUUAUCUUCAUUUUAUGAUGUCUUUCCUUGUAACUGGAGACAAGGGGACAAUCAGUGCUAUUGUUGACUCAAAGGGCUUUCUCAAUGGCUUGUUCCCAGGGCUGAAGUCAGACAAGGCCUUCACUAUACAAUUGGUCUUGAAUACACUGUUGGAAAAGGUGGUAAGAAACCCUGGUAUUUCCAAGACAUCCAAGAUCAGACUUUUCAAUGAUUUCACUCUGAAACAAGUUGCUCUGUUGUAUGAAUGGAAAGGUCAGGGAAAGAAUAUCAAAGAGAAUGAGUCUGAGACACCUGCAGUGGACCUUAACAGACCACCCGCUAGUAGUGCUGAAAUAGAUGCUGUUCUACAAACUGUGCAGGAAUUCAUGAUGGAAGUUUGCUGCUCCGUGAAUUAUGGAAUCAACUUUCACGACAGGACAAUUGGUACAUCUGGAAAAAACAUGAAUCAUAUCCUUACAAAUCUUAUGAACUCACUGAGUAAACCGUACGAUCAUGACCUCACCAGACAGUUGAUAGUGAACAUACUACGCCAGUGUCCAGACCAAAUUGGCCAGUACCUACCUACGUUUCAGUACUCUCUGUCUCCUAGGGUCUCACCUAAAUGGUUGGCAGCCAUGCACUUUUUAAGUGAGAUCUACUCAGUUCAGACACCAGAGACAUUACAGUUUAGUGAGAACACACCAACAACAAAGAUGGUUGCCAUGACAAUGACACUUCUAGCCCCACUACCAUUAAUCAGCUAUCCCAUAAUGCAAUCUGUCAAGAAACCUGAGCAGUUUAUUAGGCAUACAGUUGUUGAGUUCACUCAGAAGAUACUGCUGAAAGUGAAGACAUUCAUUGGUCAUCUCCAUAGUGACAAAUUCAAGUCAAAGCAUGCAUGGCUGACAAAGAAACACCACACAGAAUACAUACAGUCUUUACAGGAAUCUCUGAUAAAGACACUACCAGAUUUGAAGAGUCUUUGGAGCUGCUGGCUCCUUUGUGAUAAACCAGCCAAUGAGGAUCCAGCAGAAACGGAUAUAGCCAAUGAAAAAUCAGUAAAACUUGAAGCAACCAAUGAAAAGACAGAUGACAAUAAAUCCACCAAUGAGAUUGCACCAAAAGAUAACACAGUGCCACCUAUUGAGACAUCUAGUAAGGCUGUAUUGACUAUUGAUGUCCUGUCACAUGCCAAACUAGUUCUUGAAACCCUCGGUAUUUACGUCGACACUUUCCCAGAAUCCUCUCUUGAUGAUGUCAUAGAUGUUCCCAAACUUCUUGAAGAUGUAGAAUCAAUUUCACGUUCAUCUAGACUAUCUUCUCCUGAAGGAAGUCAAGAUUUGCAGAUAUAUGUGCUUCAGAUUCUUUCUAAGCUAGAUGCAAAGAAAUUGCUGGAUAUCCCUCAUGAGGAGAAUGAGAAGAGCGUUGUAUAUAAACUAUUGGAGUUGUUACUUCACACUUCGGAUGAUACCAGUCUUAAUAUUGCAACCAUGAAGUCACUUUGUCAGAUCUUAGAUGGCACUGGAAUCUUCACUCAGCAUAAAACAGAGUUGAAUAUCUGGUUCACUGAGCUACAGCACCUGGCUAAACUCAAUAAAGACCCCUCGGCUAUUUUGACUCUCUUAGAACGGGGAUUUCAGGCCCUUCUUGAAGACCCCUUCAAGUAUAUUGAUAAAAUCAGGGCUUUGGGGUCAUCUGAGAACAGUGGCAAAGAGAAAGUGGAAGAAAACAUGGAAUGUGACUUAGAUGUCAACAUCAAAGAUAUAUUGAUGAUGGCUGAUAUUGUUAUAGAUGGCAGCACUACAACAACUCCCUCUAGUGAACAAGUAAUUGAGCAGACAUAUCCAUUUAGCCCCCUAGUGGUGAUCUUAUUGGAUAUCCUAGAUGACAACUCAAAUGAUGUGGUUCUGUUGUAUGUGAACAAUGUUUUAACUGAUAUCCUGCACAGUCAGAUCAACCCAGUGUCUCUUUGUUCUCUGGUUGAUCAAUACAGUGGGCCCUUAAAGGAACAAACAAUAGUUCAAUAUGUUCAGUUCUGGCUACCAAAUGCUCAAGAAAAAAUCACUAAGAAAAAGAUGAAAAAGAGGAAAUCCACACGUCCCACCUUGGACUCUGUCAAGGCUCUCCUCCAGUCACAUUUCAUGCAGGAUGAAAAAGAGGCUGACCUUGUUGCUAGGUGGAGUGACCUUGAAGAAUCUGAGAUAGUGCCAUCUAUACAACAGUUACUGCUCUACAUCCACUGGGUUGUCAAAUUUAAACCUAGAGCAACUGGUCAACUUGAGUUUUACCUUGAAUUACUUUGCACAGCUGUACAGAACAUGUGUCCUAACAAUGGUAAUCCUAAUGAAGAUAAUGGAGAGGAACCUAUGGAAAAUGAACAAACCAGUGACACUACAAAUGACAACAAUGAUAAUGAUGAAUCUAAAGAAAACGCAUGUGACAGCAUAAAAGUGCAAGAUGCUGCUAUUUCUAAACUGAACAAUGUUCUUAGACUUAUUCUCAAGCACCCAGCCUUUCAGGAACACUUUCCUGAAAAGUUGCCAUUUACUAGCUCAAUGUGUAAAAUGCUAACUGCCAAUGCAGAGAUCAUCAAACACGUUGACAUUAGAACCGAACUGAAGCCAUUCCUUGGUAAAAUCAAAACAGGGCUUUGCCAAGGAGAAUGCACUCAGGUGUUGUUGGAGCACAUGGCUGCUUUUGUUGAUUUAAUGGAUGCAACAGAGUUAAUCGAUUUAGUUGGACAUAUGGAUGCUGAUGAGUUGGUGGUUGGUGAAGAACUGACAAGAAAUGGAGAAAUAAUUGUGGGCGGAUUGAGACGCAAUCUCACCCUUCACACAGAGAAGGUUAUCCCAAUUCAGUUGGUCUCUAAGCUAAUGCACAUCACAUGGGCUGUGAAUAAUAAUGAUUUAUGGAGUAUAGUAGAUCAGUUAAUGCAGGGGAACUCCAUGUAUGCGUUGGCUGUUACACAAUCUUUGUUCACCCUGCUUAUACCUACCAAACUGGCCCCAUCAACUCGGACGAAGCUGACACUAUUGAACACCUUAAUAAAGCAAAGCCCAGCCUUGAGAUGUGUAUUAAUAGAGGAAUUAAAACAGACAUGGAGUCAAUUGGAUUUGGUCAGGAUGACACCAGGGCUCACCUCAGCUAUGUUAUAUAUGACUGAAAAGGAGAGACUUGCCUUCUUUGACGUUGUGGCACCCAAGAAGGGGUUGGAGAUAUACUUUAAGGCCCUGAGUGAGAAUGUCUUGGGGGAAGAUGGGGGCUCUACCUUGUGUGGAAUGAUGGAGAUUUUACUUCAAUGCAAAUUGAUUGAUGACAAGAAAUGGAAGAAGUUGCUGACAAGCAUUACCAAGCAUUUACAAGCUGAAGGUUUAUUGGGAAAACCCCAGUUGGAGCUUUACAAAAGCAUUGUGGAGUAUCUUUCCCAUGAAGACUCCUUGGACUUGCAUUAUAAAACCAAAUUCCUACAGGAUUGUAUUACAUGUGUACAGAAUAUAUCUGAUGUGAAAGACCCAGUUAUGCUUCAGAAACUGAAUGAUGUCAUAACUGUCGCCUUGGAGACACUUGGUGAUGUUGAUGAUGUUACUAUAGCAAAAGCUAUUGAAGCACAAUGGCUGCCAUUUGUGAAAUAUUCUUUGAAGAAUUUCUACACCGUUCCUAAUGUUCUGGUUUUCAUUGGAAAGAUCAUCACAAAAUGCUAUACACAACCCAAAGCCAAGGGUACAAAUCAAGAAAAUGAAGAUAGCAAUGAAGAAGCUAUGGAGACAAACGAAGAUGAGAACACAAACAAUGACACAGAUAGAUCUGGAUUGGAGUCAACUCUCCCAGUAUUGACCUUAUUCCAAAUGGUCAUCAGUCAUUCUAACUUUAUGCAAGUUAUAAUGGGGAGUGUAGAUAAUGAUCAGACUGAGGAUGAAACUCUUAAGUCACCUAUAGAUGUCACUCAAAUCCAAGAUGGCGGUACAACAAGAUCUGGUAAAACAUGCAAGUCAUCUUUACUUGAUGUAUUGAUAAAUCUGGUUGGUUUGGAUGCUACAUGCUGCAAUGAGAACCACUUUAGUGUGUAUUUAGGGGCAUAUGGGGCGACAAUGUCUCUGGAGGAUUCUAAGCUGCUAUAUUUGAUGUCAUUGUAUGAGAAACAUGGAGUCAGCUCCAAUAAGUACAGGCCAUAUCUCUGGGGUGAAAAGUCCCUAGAGCAUGAAGAAGUAAAGCAAACGUUAGGUCCAUCGCUAAUGAAACAGGCCACAACAGAGCAGGUGAUUGGUCUACUGGAUGUCGAACUGCUGCGUCGGUCAACGUUGAAGUUCCCCCUCCGAAGAAAACUUGAGCCUGAGAUUGCAGCAGAGGGUCUAGACAGUGAUAUAGAAGGAUGUUAUGACCCGUGUUUCAUUUUGCCACUGUUUGCACACAUUCUGGCUCCAGAAUCCAUUAUCAGUUGCCACCAGUUCCUGGAGACAGGUUGCCUUGGUUACCUGCUGAUGUCAUUGAGCAGUCAUGACAUCACAAUGCGUAAACUUGGUUACCAUACCUUAGCACGGUUCAUGCAGCAAGUAGAUGGCUCCAAGUUUAAGGAGAGAGAUCAGGUGCUGUACAUGUUGGAGCUACUACGCAACAGUAUGGUGAAACCUAACACCAAGUUCCCCUGCAUUAUAACUCUCUUCCUGGGCAAAGCUGUGGAACUAUUGCUCAAACCAGACAGCCAUAUGUACCAGCAGGUCUACUCUUUCCUCCUCAUCAAACCAAGUAUAGAUGUCACUAACAUACCAGAAUUCUACAAGUUCUUCAACUCUUCAGCAUUGGAGUUUAAAUCUGAGAGAGCAUGGAUACUACAGCUAAUGGCAGAGGGACUGCGUGAAACAUCAGAUUAUCGCAUGUUUGAGAAACGUUACGUCUUCAAACUUCUACUAAGUUUCUAUGAUUCCAGCACUAGUGAUCCAUACACCAAGAAACAAGUUCUAUCAAUUGUGAAAGCAGGAUGUGGCAUCAAGUCAGUUGCCUUGGACCUUGUUAAGCAGCAGGCCUUGUUACAGUGGCUUGGACAGGCAGCUCAGUCAUGUCGUGAUCCAAAGGGACAUGAGAUUGUAUUAGAAAUCUUAGAUAUCUUGUGGAGAACUGUUCUAGGGGACAGAGACCAUAGCUCAGAUAUUAGCUGCCUGCCCAUGCACUUUACUACAGACAUGUAUAACACUACACUGGCCCUUCUAAAUACAUUCAGGGGAGAGAUGUCUCUACCAAGCUUUAAGCACCUACUAAAACUACUAUGUUCCAUCAGGGGACAUCUCAAUGCUACAAUGUUGCAGUACUCUAAGAGUUAUAUGCAGUGCUUCACUCUUGAGGUCACCCCUCACCAUAUUCACUCCUUACUGUCUACAUGGGCCACCAGCAACCAGGAUCAGCAACUAAAAGCAGACUUAGAUAAAAUACAGGGGGAUGUUCUCUUGGAUGUAACCGCAAGUUAUAAUAUGAAACACAGUGGUGAUGUGGAAUGUCAAGUGUUACUGGCACAACUGCUGACCUCCUGGCAACCUGGUAGUGGAAACAAACACCAAAUUGAUAAAAUGGAAAUAUAUUUGGGGUGUGUCAUGGUUAAGUGGCUUGUGGAACUCAUCCAGAGUGCAAAACCAAAGUUAGAAAAUUUAUCUGAUGUUAUAAAUUGGAUAAAAGUCAACAGUCUAUCGACGUCAAAAUUGGGCAACGCUUUGAAAUCAUGUUUCGUCGGGCAGCCACUAGAUGGCACUCCAUGCCUUGCUGCCAAAUUAUUAACUGUGUUUAGUUUAGCGGAUUCCGGAAAACAAGGUACAGAAUCAACAAUGAACAUGAGAUACAAAUUGAAAUCAAACAUUAAUGAUAUAUUUUUUGGUCUAAUGGAUCAUUUACAGAUUCAUUCCUCAGGGACACAGGUGGAUGUGAUUGAUAGACUCUCUAGUAAAGAUUAUAACGACAUAUUGAAGGAUGUGUUGCCCAAAGUUCAGGCCAAGUGUGAGCCAGGAGAUAAACAUGCGAUUGAUGUACUGAGUGUGUUCAUAGCAGAAUUAUGGAGUAAUUGCCAUGCUCCACAGCAUCUGAAGAUAAUUGUGAAAAACUAUUUUAAGUUUGUGGUAUAAAAUCAAAUGCAUGAAGAUAUUUUGAUUAUAACAAAUCUCUUAAUAAUUUAGGUUAAAGAGCCUUAAAAUACUAUAAUGAUAUGUAAACAUAUGACUUGUGACAUAUUAUUGUUG